UAUUAUUUACAUUUUUUAGAUUCGUUUGGGCUAUUCACUGUCAACAUAACCAGCAACAACCAUUUUAGUCUGUUCUGGAACAGUUCCGUCUCAAGUGUUUGUUACUCUGUGGAGUGGUGGGCCAGAGGACAGAUACCAACUUUUUGUCCAUUCUACGAAAAGCAGACGCUCAAAGAAAUAACUUGGAAAACUGACAGCUGUAGGGGAGAAGGACGUGACAUGUGGCCAAUUUUUCAGCCAUAUACAAGAUAUAUAUUUUUCCUGCACACCAGACCAUACACAGACACCUGCAACAUGAAGAAUGUAAACAACAGUGAGACAACCUAUGGCACAGCCCAGGCUUACUUCACUGAAGGAAGUCCUAUCAGUGCUCCUGGGAAUGUGAGCAUUUUUAAUAUAACCCAGCAUUCCUCAGUAAUCACAUGGUGCCCCGUGUCUGAGGAAGACCUGCAUGGAUUCUUAUUAGGCUACUACAUCUACUUGACAUGGGACAAUAAUGAAACAUCCUUCACAGUGGACUCCAGCAUAAACAGUUAUGAGCUGCAGAAUCUUGAAAGCAACUGUGCUUACCGCGUGCAGCUAUCUGCAUUUACAGCGGCUGGAGAAGGAGAGCGGAGUGAUUUCAAACACUUUGUCACAAACCUACUAGAAUUCACAGCUUUGAACAGCAUUAUAGCCACGGUUGUUGUGGGAAUAAUAAUUCUUUUACUAGCAGUUCACCUCAGCUGUCGACUUCUGCACAGAGCCAAGGAUCUGUUGUGGCCGAAUAUACCAAAUCCUGAGAAAAGCAACGCUGUUCAGAAAAUAGAAAUUGCCUGUGAACUGGGUAUCCUGGAGCCAUUGAACAGACAGAGGUUAGAGGAAAGUGAAGGAUGCGAUUCCAGUACAGUGUGUGUCGUUGCGAGCAAGAGGGAGAAGAACACCGCCAUUCUCCUCUGUGAAGAUGAGAACGGCCCAUCCAUCCCGGAGCAGAUCAUACCACCUGACACCCCAACACAAGUGCCCACCAACGAGUCAGGUUCCACAGAGACCUUCCCCAUGGACUUUAAUAAGACAGAACCUACUUUGAACACUUCUGUUGAUGAAGAAAUCACAACCUUUGUAAGCAAAGACCCUGAAAAGACCAAUUCCAACACAACAGGAUCUGACUUCAUUCGAACAUCCCAACCUGCAGUGGUUUUCAUGAGCGAUUACACUACCAUGGAAAUCUUCCAGCAGGUCACUAUGGCUGGGAUUCAAGGUCCAUCCAUGCAAACAGUAAAACCUGGAUUGGUUACCGUACAUCCAGGGCAGGAUUAUGUAAAGCAGUCCUAUUUGUCAUAAGAAACAGUCCAGUAAAUCCAAAAGCGGCAUGUAAUAGUACUGAAUUAUUGAACCCAGAAAUCACAGUGCUCUGAGAUGCUUUUAUACAGUUUAGAGGACAUUUACUGUAUAGACAUAGUCCCUCUGGAGAUUAGGAGCUUU